UCAUAGACUAGCUUCUACAGGGUUAUCUGUUAUUGAGGUUACAAGUUUUGUGUCUCCCAAAUGGGUCCCACAGUUGGCUGAUGCAAAGGAUGUAAUGCAAGCAGUAAAUAACUUAGGGAGCAUCAGAAUGCCAGUUCUGACCCCUAAUUUAAAGGGUUUUGAAGCUGCAGUAGCAGCUGGUGCCAGAGAAGUUGCUGUUUUUGCAUCAGCUUCUGAAUCAUUUUCAAAAUCCAACAUUAAUUGCAGUAUUGAAGAAAGCCUUGCUCGUUACCGAGCUGUUAUUCGUGCUGCUAAACAGCUCUCAAUUCCUGUUCGAGGGUAUGUAUCAUGUGUUGUUGGAUGCCCGGUAGAAGGACCAAUCCCUCCCUCAAAAGUGGCAUAUGUUGCUAAAGAACUUCAUGAUAUGGGUUGCUUUGAAAUCUCCCUUGGUGACACAAUUGGAGUUGGCACACCAGGAAGUGUAGUUCCUAUGCUUUUGGCUGUGAUGGCUGUUGUUCCAAUAGAGAAACUAGCUGUCCACUUCCAUGACACUUAUGGCCAAUCCCUUCCAAAUAUACUUGUGUCCCUCCAAAUGGGGAUUAGCAUAGUGGAUUCAUCCGUUGCUGGGCUUGGUGGAUGUCCAUAUGCUAAAGGAGCUUCUGGAAAUGUUGCGACUGAAGAUGUUGUGUACAUGUUGAAUGGAAUUGGUGUGAAAACCAACGUUGAUAUUGGAAAACUUCUGUUGGCUGGUGACUUUAUCAGCAGCUAUUUGGAAAGGCCUUCAACUUCAAAAACUGCCAUUGCCUUGAACCGAGUUACAACUGAUGCCUCCAACAUACCAUCAUGAUUCAUCUUCUUAACUUUACCUUCAAAGGAAUAUUUACAUUAUCACUCAUCACUGCAUACAUAUAUUAUGUUCCUUUCUUCUUCUGCAUGCUACUACCAGGAGAAUAACAUCUUCACUCUGGAA